GGUUAACACCGCAGGUGAGGUCGUUAAACUGUGUAUUGCGACUUGGCUCCUAUCCGACCGUGAAGGCUAAGAAAGGCUUGACAGUUUCCACUCUUUUGUUCUAGCCUUAGCAAUAGGUGGACUAGAGAGGCGGGACUCCGGGCAGCAGAUGGGGGAAGACCUGGCCGGCUUGGCCCUGGGUGAAGUGGGAGUUGUAGUCUUACAGUGCCGGACUGGGCAGCCUUUUUCCGGGCACACUGGGAGUUGUGGUUUAUCGCAUCUGGACUAAUGGCUACGGGAACAGCCUCAGAUCUGCUGGAGACAACUUAGGAAAUUGUCAUAGUGAAAAUACUAGCAUGGAUUGUUGAUCAUCUGAUGCUAUGAUUCUUUCCCAGGCACCACACCUGUUGGUGUUCAGAUGGAGCAGCACACUAGUCAUCCUAACAGAAAAGUUCCAGCCAAAGAGGAAGCUAAUGCUGUGCCUCUUUGUAGAGCAAAACCCUCCCCCAGCUAUAUUAAUCUUCAAGCAAGUUCCCCACCAGCCACUUUUCUGAACAUCCAGACAACAAAGCUGCCCUCAGUUGAUCACAAGCCCAAGGAAUGCCUAGGACUCCUGGAAUGUAUGUAUGCCAACCUCCAGCUUCAGACCCAGCUCGCCCAACGACAGAUGGCUAUUUUGGAACAUUUACAGGCAUCCGUGACACAACUGGCUCCUGGGAGGGGAAGCAAUAACUCUUCUCUCCCACCCUUAUCUCCUAAUCCAUUGUUAAAUCACCUGCCCCAAUUCAGUAAAUGAAUUGUGGAACAAA